AUGGGUGACCGUCUACAAGAAGCGAGGGAGAUUGGAAACGUAGGUGCAGUUUACUUGGCUAUGGGCGAGUUUGAUUCCGCUGUGGAUUGUCACACGCAACAUUUAAGACUUGCUAGGAGGCUUGGAGAUCAGGUAGAAGAAGCAAGAGCUUAUUCAAACUUAGGUUCCUCUUAUCACUAUCGGCGCAACUUCACCCAGGCGAUCGGUUAUCACGAAAACGUUUUAAGAAUUGCUCAAAACUUGGGAGACAGAGCAAUUGAAGCUAGAGCUUAUGCUGGACUCGGGCAUGCUGCUAGAUGUGCCGGAGAUUACACGCAAGCUAAGAAGUGGCAUGAAAGACAAUUAGAUGUUGCUUUAGCGGCCAGAGAUAAGAUUGGUGAAGGAAGAGCGUGUUCAAAUCUGGGUAUCGUGUAUCAGUUAUUAGGAGAACAUGAUGCUGCUCUCAAAUUACAUCAAGCUCAUUUAUCUAUAGCAAGACAAUUACAAGAUAAAGCAGGAAUGGGCCGUGCAUACGGUAAUAUUGGUAACGCGUAUUCCGCUGCAGGUUUCUAUGAACAAGCAAUAAAGUACCAUAAGCAAGAGCUGACUAUCUCCAAAGAAGUUCACGAUCGAAGUUCAGAAGCAUCAACGCAUGGAAACCUUGCGGUUGCUUAUCAAGCAUUAGGGGCUCAUGAUAUGGCAUUAUUUCAUUACAGAGCUCAUUUAGGUAUAGCCAGAGAAUUGAAAGAUGCUGCUGGUGAAGCGUGUGCUUUGCUAAACCUUGGUAAUUGUUUAUCUUCACGCGGUGAAUUUGCUCAAGCCGUGCCAUAUUAUGAACAACACUUAAUGCUGUCUCAAGAGUUAGGCGAUGUAACAGCUGAGGCCAAAGCUUGCCAUUUCUUAGGAUAUGCACACUACUGCCUCGGAAAUUAUAGAGAAGCAGUGAGAUACUAUGAUCAAGAUUUAUCAUUAGCCAAAGACCUCCAAGACAAGAUGAAUAUGGGAAGAGCGUACUGCAAUCUUGGCCUCGCUCACCUUGCUUUAGGAAAUUUAGAAACCGCCCUGGAAUGCCAGAAAUACUUUUUAGCGAUCGCCCACAUGACUCAACAUUUACAAGGAAAAUUUAGGGCGUUAGGAAAUAUUGGUGAUGUUUUGAUUAAAAUGGGGGACGUGGAGGAAGCUGUAAAAAUGUAUCAAAGGCAGCUCGGGUUUGCUAGACAAGCUCGAGAUCGGUCUUUAGAAGCCGCAGCAUGUGGCGCUUUAGGUUUAGCGAGACGAUUGCAAAGAAGACUUGAUGCAGCGUUAGGUCAUCACACACAGGAACUUACGCUCCGACAAGAAGCUGGUGACGCUGCAGGUGAAGCGCGUGCACAUUCCCACCUAGGAGCAGUCCACAUGGCACUCGGGCAUUACUCACAUGCUGCGCGAUGUUAUCGAGAGCAACUAGAAAGAGCUCAAGAAUUACAAGACUGUGCUUUAGAAGCACAAGCGUACGGAAAUUUAGGUAUCGCAAAACUCAAUAUGGGACACUACGAAGACGCGAUUGGUUAUUUAGAGCAGCAACUUGCGAUUCUAGAACGAGUGAACACUACAACCUGUCAGCUAGAUAAAGCACGUGCUCUUGGUUCUCUCGGUGAUUGUUAUGAUGCUCUCGGCGAUCCAGAUGAAGCGGUCAAAUAUCAUGAACAACAUUUAGCGGCUGCCCUGAAAUUGGAUAACAAGAGGGAGCAAGAACGUGCAUAUAGAGGCUUGGGGUUAAGCCAUAAGUCAAUAGGCAAUCUGCAGCAAGCUUUAGUGUGUCUUGAAAAGCGCCUUGUGGUAUCUCACGAGCUCGGAGUACCAGAAGCGAAAGCUCAAGCGUAUGGAGAACUUGGUGCAUUACAUAUCGCACUCAACAAUUUGGAACAAGCUGUUUUCUGUCUCGAACACCAGAAAAACAUCGCCAAGGAAUUGAACAACCAAAUAAUGGAAGCGGAAGCCUGUCAUUCACUGGGGAUGGCUCAACAUGCAUUAGGUGAACACGCGGCUGCCGUGAAGCAUCAUCGAGCUGAACUCGAAUUGGCACACCGCCUCGGUCUUACACAUCUCCAAGCGCGAGCAUGUGGAGGAUUAGGCGCCGCUCACGCUUCUAUGGGGGCGCAUGCGGAGGCAGCCCGUUGGCACGAGUCUCGUCUACGUCAUGCCACUGCUGCCGGAGACACUCGUGGUCGAGCGCAAGCACUGGCAGAAUUAGGAGGAGCCCAUCUGGCUAUGGGCGCAUGCGGGAGUGCUGUUUCAUAUCUCCGACAAGCCUUAGCUGCUACUGAAGGUCUAGGUGACAUCGACCAGGAGGCUCGAGUACGUCACAAAUUAGGUUUCGCUUUAUGGGCGUCGGGUGAAUUAGAAGAAGCGAAGGAACAACUCCAGGCUGCUCUUACUGUUCUGGAGACGGGAGCGGACAAAUACCGUGAUAGGAAAUUUACCGCACUAUACACCUCCACACAUCACGCCCUACAGAGGGUAUUUGUUGGUGAGCCCUUAACUGUUUAG